AUGUUCAAGUUGGUGAUUCUCGUGUGCUGCAUAGCUUUGGCUGCGGCUAAGCCUGGCGGUGUUCCUGUUGCCUUCUCUGCACCUGUAUCAGCGGCCCACACCGCCUCCAUAGCCGGUUAUACUGUACCUCUCGUCUACUCGGACUACUCACUACCCUCGGCCACGUACUCAGCACAUCCAUACGCUUUACCCUACUCAGAGUACUUCUUACGUCGU